CCGACUCCCGUGGCGCAGAGGUCGUUCUCCCGAUCUCUUGAUAUUUCACCUUUCAAACGUUGAAAAAUAAACGUGCCGUCGCGAAGAAAACUUGUACUACUCGUUAUUGCGGUUCCCUCUGCAUUACCACGGCAGUAUAAAAGUUGAAGAACUCCUAUUGCACUCCAAAGGGGGAAUUAUUUUUAGCUGUACUAUUUUCGAGACGUGAGGUGAAAGUGGAAGUGCCUUUUCAGAGAAAGUUUCGUAGGGUAUUUCUCCCUGAUUAACAUCGAAUUACAAAAAUAACUUUGAUAUAAGACUGUGUUAUGUUGAAAAUAACAUAACUGCACAAAAUGCUGACAGUGAUGUGUCCGAACUGUCGCCACCGGUUUCCAGCUCCAGGUUGUUGCGAGCCUCAAAGAAUGGAGAAAGAUUUAAUUCAUCCAGCAACCUGUUACUAUGGCGGCCUUCUGGUUCCUAAAGGAUAUACCAGCGGUGGUGAUUGCUUCAUAAAUGCUCCAACUAUCAUUCAUAGCCAACCUAUUAUAAAUUCCUUUAACUAUCCUUCAAUGGCACUGGAUUUGGAAAAAACAAGAAUUGACAAGCAAAAGGAUAGUAUCCUCCAAAGAUCUGAAAAGAAUCCUCGAAUCUUUGGGUUUCCACUAGUAAAUGAAGAAAUUGAGAAGAAUCAGAAUUCUGGUUGUCAAAUUACAACAAGCAGCGAAUUAACUGGUGGAAGUUUAACAAUAACAACUCCAAGUAUACAGUCUGGAGGUUGUUUAAUUCAAAGUACAGAUUCUGGAAUCCUUAUGCAAACGCCGCACGUAGAAAUCCGUCCAAAAUUAUCUGGUGGUGGAUGUUUUGUACAGAAGACAUCAACUGAAAAUCAAGAAGCUCUGAUCACACUAUCAGAGUCAAAGGAUCAUCAACAAAAUAUGAAUUGUGGCGGCAGGAUGGUUUUACUACCUCCGAGUGGGUGUCAAGAGCUACCAGGAACUCGAAGAAACAUCCUACCACAGAAGAUAGAAGAGAGAACUUCAGCAGGAAAUUUCACAGGAGGAAACAACGAGAAGCCCGUUCUCUCAAGUUUCCAAGUUACCAGUACGCCAAUAUUGCAAUUCCAAGAAUCUAAAAAUUCUGAGAAAAGUGAACAAGAAUUAGAGCAAGGAAGAAACUUGAAUUGCUGCUGUAGUCAUGUCCAAAACCUUUAUCACAACAAACCGAACAGCCCUCGAGUAUCCGAAAAUCGUAAUUCCGUACUUCUAGAUUCCAAUUCAGGAGUUCAGAUUCAAGUGAACGCAACCGUACAGAUUCCUGCUAGCUUAGGACAAUGCACUGUGAAUAUCACUGCAUCCACCACAAACCCUCCAAAUUCCUUAUCAAGUAUAGCUUCAAGAACUAGAAAUAACUUUAAUGGUGGAGGUUUGGUACAAGAGAAUGAGGUUCAGAAUAACGAAGAAAAUUUUGAAGAAAGAAGAGAUAGAACUCCAACUACACCAGUUUCAUGGCUAAUGCCUUGUCCUUGGAGUUUUGACAGUUACAUGAUAGACAAGGAUGCUGCUAGACUAUGCGAAGUCAAGAGACUUUUACAAACUUGUGGUUGGUAUCACGAAGGCCUUAGUUGGCAGCAGAGUGAAAAUUUAUUGAAGAAUGCUGCAGUCGGACGUUGGUUGAUGAGAGAUAGUUCCGAUAUCAGAUAUACAUUUGCUGUAUCUGUGCAAACCGCUAGGGGACCUACCUCUGUUAGAGUUCAUUAUUUUGUGGGACAGUUCCGAUUAGAUGCUGAGCCUAGACUCGCUUUCGCGAUCCCACUUUUUGACUGUCCAAUUAAAAUGCUGGAGUAUUAUGUAGAAUAUUCGAAAACUGUUGACGAGCAUAGAAAAGAGGUUUGGGUAGAUUAUAGUGGCCAACUUUACAGCGAGAUAUAUUUGACGAAGCCUUUAGUUAAGGAAGUUAGGUCUCUUAGUCAUUUAGCCAGACUUGUUGUUAAUAGGUGCAAAUUGUCGACUGAACACUUGCCACCGCUAAUUAAAAAUUAUCUUGCAGAAUAUCCGUACACUCUUUGAGAUAUUAUAUGUAACGUUACGUUUCUGAUUCCUGGACAUCUAUUAAUUAUUUAUAAAGACAUUAAAAAUGUAUUCAAUUCUUUGCGCUCCAGACAGUCUUGCGAUAGUAUAUCCCGGCAGUUUUAAGUCGUACGCAAGUGGCUUAAUAUUGAGUGUAAAGGGUUAAUAAAUAAAUAAAGAAAGUAAUUAAUUUAAAACUGAUAUAUACAGACAAUAUUUAUAUAGAUAUUCGAUAAUUUAAAUAUCUGAAAGUACAAUUUCUAUACCAGUUUCCUUUAAUUAUCAGAAAAUUAAUAGAAAUAUACUGUCAGUUCCAGAAAUCAGAAAUGCCCAAGAAUAUCUUUAUUUUUAUACGUUCUAGAAUAAUCUGUAUCGGAAUCUGCAUUGGCAACGUAAUUUAAAAUGAAUAGCGUAACUAGUGAAAUUUCUACAGCUACAAUUUUGUGUAUUCUACUACAAAUUAAAAUCAAGUUUACAAGAUUUCAUUAGAAGAGGGUAUGUAACGUUAAAAUAAUCAACAAGUUUAAAAGUUAGGCGAAAGUAUGUAAUUUUGUUCGUAGUCAGAAAAGCAUAAUAUUAAAAGUUCGAUUAUUUGACCGAGUUUAUCAUUUAAAACUUAUCGGAGAACAGGAUACCAUUUACAUAUCCUGUUCGAACUAAUCAAAAUUGUAGACAAGUUUAUUAUUUUAAAUGUUUUUCAUUCGCAACUUUUUGAAAGGCGAAUUUAUGAAACAUUAAAUACUAAUUAUAGUGACAGAAACUGGAGAUAUGCAUGAAUCAUCAUCACGAAAUUAUAACCAACAUUAGAUUUACAAAAGUAUUUGAGAACAGAAGCAUUGGAAGUUACUUAUACAAUUUAUUAUGAACAAAAUUGAAUUUCACGUAAAACUCGGUCGUUUUUGAUAUUGUUAUGCGAUGAUUAGCAAUCUCUGAUUAGCAGAGUUGUAAACCAUUGCUCUAAACUUAAACUGUUUAGAAACAGUAAAAUGAUAUUAAAUCGGCUUCAACGAAUUCAUGAGGCAGUAUUAGAAGUUAAAGAAUCGGUUUGGUUCUUCAUUUCUUAAUAAUGAUGGCACACGAAAUUGUGAAGCAAAUAUUCUUUUAAAAAUGAAUUAUAAAUGUACCAAAAUAAUUCCACUGAUUGAAAAAUUAAUUAGUAACAAUUUUUUAUACAAUUUUGGAUGAUUCACUAUAAUCGUCUGUAAACUAUGAAGUGCCUUUUAUAAGGACAAGUCCCAAGGUUUGACGUUCACUCGCGCAGUGAUAGAACUAAAAAUACUAAAGCUAAUGAUAUAUAUUUUUUACACGCAAUUUAAUAAUGUGAGAAGUUUUUAGCAUUAAAGUUCUGACGUUAUCUGUUUGAUACACCAAGAAUCAUCAAGAGUGAAUGCCAUAAACUGCUCUUGUGCUUGAUAUAACACAAAUAUUCUUGAUACUCUUGUCCAAUGUAUAACUCUUUUCAUAACUCAGUUUCUAUCACAAAAAGAGUAUAGAUCUGGCAGGCAAAUGCCUAUAUUAAUUGUACAAUGUCUUUAUACGUCAGUGCUGUUUAUAGAAGAGUAGAUAGACUCUCUCAGAACUAUAAAGUUAAAUAUCUUCCAGAUUAUUAACCCUCUGGUGAUGAGAUGUGUUUGAUCCAUGUGUUAGAACUGUUCUAUCUCAUAGUCAAGCCAUGUGUUUAUAUUCUAUUUGAAAUCAUAUUAUCGCGUUUCUGUGUCGAAAGAACACAUUCUGUUGACAAUUUAUGCCAUACUAGCGAUUACGAAAUACAGAUCUCUUGUCCUAUAAUAUUGACAAUUAUCUGAAGUUUUUCGUAACACUUAACUGUACAAUUUUAAUCUUUAGUAAGGUAAACGACGAGUCUGCUGGAUAAUACUUUUGUUAAAGAGUGACUUUCAGAUACAUUUUUUAUAAUUUUCGAAAUAUUCAAUUAUUACCAUAAAAAUAUAAUUUAAAAAAUUUGAUUCCAGUUACUGAUAACUGACAUGGCACUAAACGUGUUCAAAAAAUGUAACAAAAAUGAAGGUUUCCAUUAGAAAUCAUUAGACGAAUGAUAACGAAUAACAUUGCAAACAAUACAGAGUUGAAAUAUUUUUGUAACACUUACCAUUAUCAACAUUUUACUAAUGGGUACGGUUUUAGAAACAUAAUAGUCAUUUUUCUAGACUUGCACCACUUUCAUAAUGAAUGGUUCGUUUCAAGGUUUCUUAAAGUGCGAAAGAAGCGAGCGUCAUACCUCGAGGACCUCUCCUUGUUAAUAUCUCACAACUCAUCAUUUGACUUUUGUAAAUAUUACACAGAAUAAAGCGGACGGCUAUUUACGCGAAAAAUAGCGUAAAUUUGAAAUCUCUCAUUCAUUUAGUAAUGUAUAGUCUGAUAGAAGCAAAACAACUAUUGAACGAUCAUAAACAAUAAUAAAUCAAUUACAUUCAAAACGAAAAGUAAAACUUGGCAGAAGAAUCAAAUGCAAAAUUAAUUUAAUCGUUUUAUUUGUCAGCGAAUUUGUUCAAGUGAGGUGUACGAGAAGGAAAAUUUGGAUGUGCGUGUAUAAAAGAAAUUUUUGAAUGUGUUAUACAUAGAAUUAAGGAGUACGAUCGAAAUUGUCGAUCGUUGCGCAAAACUACGGUUGAUAUAUUUUUGUAAGCAUGAAUCGACGGCUUUUCUAAUAGGAAAUAUUAUACAAAAUGGAUACAAUUGCGGCCCCAUAAGGUAUAAUUGUUCGACAGAACUGCAUCAUUUGAAAUGUAUGCUAUACCACAAUGUUGCAUUUUUCUGUAGAAUUAAUUGCUUUUUACCUGGGACACCCCCUAUAAAUUUAUAUAGAAUUGCUUGUUUAGUGUCU